GAUGCCACAGUGGUUGCAAAGCACACCUCCACAUUGGCCAAUUUAUGCCGAGAAGCAUCGGAGCGUGCCUCGAAUGUCAACCUCAAAAAGCAGUUCAUCAACUGCGCCCGUGAAGUAGCAUCCUCCACUGCUUCACUGAUAACCGCUGUCAAACAGCUGGACAGUUCAUUUACUGAAAAAAAUCAGCGUGAAUGCACGGAAGCAGCACGAUCGUUAUACACAGCAGCUGAACAGCUGGAGACAUUUGUCGAUAAUCCGCAGACGGCCAAGCAACUUGCUCUUUCACCGACUGAUGCGUCAACCUGGCAAAGACUUGCGGAUAAUUCGAAAGUUGUUAGUGAAAGCAUCAAACGUUUGGUUGCUUCGAUUCGUGAUCAGGCACCAGGCCAAGUGAGCGUCAACAGUUUUUGUGUAAAUUCAAAAUGUGCUUUAUGA